UCCCACAAUUCCUACAAUCGUCGUACUUCCUGGUUAGAUUACGUGUAACGUCAGAGCUUCAGAGUAGGAAAAUAGCUACAAACGACGACUUUUACCGAGUUAUUUUCUAUAUUUACGGCUGUUGGUCACUUGCGUGUAUAGACGUGUUUAUUAACUUUUAUGAUAAUGAAGCCACUGUUGUGCGUGGCGCUGGGUUUGGCCUCAUACGCAGGCUAAGCUAUGCUAUCAAGCUAAUAUUGGCAAGACUAUUUAGCAAGUACUUGUGUUGUUUACAUAUUUCUUUCAAGAUGUAUACUUUAUUAUCUGGAUUAUAUAAAUACAUGUUCCAAAAGGAUGAAUUCUGUGUUUUGAUCCUGGGACUGGACAACGCUGGGAAAACGACCUUUCUGGAACAAACCAAAACAAAGUUCAGUAAGAACUAUAAGGGAAUGAAUUUAUCAAAGAUCACAACCACUGUUGGCCUGAACAUUGGUACAAUCAACGUGGGCAAGGCUCGUCUAAUGUUCUGGGAUCUGGGAGGUCAGGAGGAGCUCCAGUCUCUGUGGGACAAAUAUUAUGCUGAGUCCCAUGGAGUCAUCUAUGUGAUAGAUUCAACUGAUGAAGAGCGCCUGUCGGAAUCAAAGGAGGCCUUCGAGAAAAUGAUCAGUAAUGAUGCGUUAGAAGGUGUCCCGCUCCUCGUGCUAGCCAACAAGCAGGAUGUGCCGGACUGUCUGUCCGUGCCAGACAUCAAAACAGCCUUCAGUGACUCAGCCCCAAAGAUCGGCAAGAGAGAUUGUUUAGUGCAGCCUUGUACUGCCCUAACAGGGGAUGGAGUAAACGAAGGCAUUGAGUGGAUGGUGAAGUGUGUGGUCAGAAAUAUUCACAGGCCACCCAGACAGAAGGACAUCACGUAAGAGGUCAUCAGCACUGUUGACUCUCACUUUCUCCUUAAGGACAUUCCAUGUAAACCCUGGAGUCGAUAACUUUCCUCUCCUCGUGUUUGAUGCGACUUUUGAGCAGUUUGAAUUUCUGCUUUUAGGAAUUCAUUACAGAGUGUGACGGUAUUUUUUACCAGCAAGCAUCAUUUUUAUAUGUGCUUUGAAUGGACUGUUUUACUUGUUACACUUUUUGAAGCUGUGUUAUCAUUUGUUCUGCUUCAUGUGUGAGCAGCAGUCUCUAGUGCUGGCUGUCUGUUACUGCCUGUAUGGAGCUUCACUGACUGACACCCUGCACUGUGAUCACCAGAGCACAGAAGCAUCAGAUUGACGCAUCAGCUCUCACAUGAAAUAUACAAAACUGUAUAUGGUAGGGUUUGUUCAGUGUCAGAUCAACAAAACAAUAUUUGGCUCACAUUUUUAAAGUUGAACUUAAAUUAGAAUUCUCACUUUUUGUAUAAAGAAAUUGCGCAGCGCUAGGUGGCAAUUUCCAGCUGUGUGUCAUGCCAAGGGUAACUUCUGCCUAGUCGGGCAACACGCUCUCUCCAUAAGAAAACAACGGCACAGCCAGCGCAGAGCAGAUAAUGUGAAAGCAGCUUUACACACUUGUUAUCAUGUUUUUACCGUAUAUCCUUUGACUUCUGUAAAACAUUCAACAUUGGGUUUUUUUGGGGUUUCUUUUGGUUUUGGAAAUGUUAAUGUUCAUAAUUUUGCAGCGAUACUACAGCUGGGUAACUGGAUGCGAUAUCUGUAAAGACUCAAUGCACAAAGUGUGGUCAACACACUGAGAAAUCUUGCUAACCUCUGCUGAAUCACUAUACCAGUGGUUUAACUUGGGAUGUAUGAAGUGGUUAAAAAACGAAGGUGACGUCCUUUGUCAGUCACAUAUGGUAGAUAAAACAAUAAAUUUCUGAUUUCAAAGAAAAAAA